CGAGCAGGUUUGGGAUGCGCGUCAUCCGGGAACCAAGGAAUGUGGCAGCCAGGGAGGCGCCAUUUUGAGGCAGGCCGAGCAGCGGCAGGGGCACUACCGGCUCGACUCCAGGGAAGUCAUUCGCUCUGCUGCUGUAGCAUCUAAAGUGCGACACGAUGGAGGUGUACAUAGAGCAGACGCAGGUGCCACAAGAUGCCCUGGCCGCCGCGGCUCAACUGGAGCUCGGGGGCACCCCACACACCCUCACCAUCCGCAGGCCAUUCAAUCCUGUCGCUCACGACCUCGACGCUAAUUUCCGCCUCACGAGAUUCGCGGAUCUGAAAGGAUGAGGGUGCAAGGUCCCUCAGGAGGUGCUGAUGCGCCUCUUGGAGGGACUGCAAGACGAUGGGACAGGCCACGAGCACGACCAUGCAGCCCAUUUCAUGCACAUGCCCGUCACUCGCAUAGGCAUUGGAAUGGAUGCAAGUGUCACACCUCUGCGCCAUGGUGGCCUGUCCCUCGUGCAGACAACAGACUUCUUCUAUCCCCUUGUUGAUGAUCCCUACAUGAUGGGGAAAAUUGCGUGUGCUAAUGUUCUAAGUGACCUGUUUGCAAUGGGGGUGACUGAUUGUGACAACAUGCUGAUGCUCCUUGGGGUGUCUACCAAGAUGACAGAAAAGGAGAGAGAUGUGGUCAUCCCACUCAUGAUGAGAGGCUUCAAGGAUGCAGCACUAGAGGCAAACACAUCUGUUACGGGUGGACAGACAGUGAUGAACCCUUGGUGUACCAUUGGAGGAGUGGCCACUACAGUGUGCCAACCUAAUGAAUUCAUUGUGCCAGAUUGUGCAGUGGUUGGGGAUGUCCUGGUGCUAACAAAGCCUUUGGGAACACAAGUAGCAGUAAAUGCCCACCAGUGGUUGGACCAGCCAGAGAGGUGGAACCGCAUUAAGUUGGUUGUGUCAGAGGAGGAUGUGCGUAAGGCCUACCAGAGGGCCAUGGAUUCCAUGGCUCGCCUUAAUAAGACAGCUGCAAGGUUAAUGCACAAGUACAAUGCUCAUGGUGCUACAGAUGUAACAGGGUUUGGCUUACUUGGCCAUGCCCAGAACCUGGCAAAGAACCAGAAACAUGAAGUAUCCUUUGUAAUUCAUAAUCUUCCAAUAAUUGCUAAGAUGGCGGCUGUGGCAAAGGCAUGUGGCAAUAUGUUCCAUCUGCUACAGGGACUAAGUGCUGAAACUUCAGGAGGCCUGCUGAUAUGUCUACCUAGAGAGCAGGCAGCAGCUUACUGUAAGGACAUAGAGAAACAGGAGGGCUAUCAGGCAUGGAUCAUCGGCAUCGUCGAGAAGGGCAAUCGCACAGCACGCAUAAUUGACAAGCCCCGGGUGAUUGAAGUUCCCGCUAAGGAGAAGGAUGGGGAGUUGUGGUAGGACCUUAGAGAGGUGCCAGCUGUACUUGGUCUCCUUGAGUGAGCUUUCAUGAAGAUAAUCAGCUCCUUGGACAAAGGAAUUAAUAGAGAGUACAUUGGCUAACAUCCAUGAAUGAAGGAGAUGGCUGUUUUUUUGUAUCAGAGUUUAUCCAUUUUUAUAAAUGAAAGGGUUGAUUUUUGGCUUGAAAUUUUGAUUAGUUUACAGUCUAUCUUGAUUUUAAUUUAACACUGGUAACACAACUUUCUCACAAAUGAGUGUAGUUUUUGUGACAUUGCCUUGACAACGACAUUCCUUGGUAGCCAAGCUUCAACGUUAUGGUUGCAUGUGGCAGAAAGUUGGGCAACUGCUCAUUGACAAAUAACUUUGCUCAAGUAUGACAAGCACAUCCUUCUACACAUUCACUGGAAUUAUUGCACAAAUGUUCAUGUAUCUAGGUUUUGGUUGUGCUGAAUACUUUGCAAAGAGUGGCAGCAGAUGAAUGAAGCAAAAGAGAGACCUUAUUAUGAAGGUCAUUUUGUAAAGCUUUUUGAAGCAGGAAAUGACUGGAGACUCAGGGUCUCUUCCUUGUUUCAUUGGUCAUGUGUCCAAGCCUUGGAACUCAAUAAAAAACAAUUGAAUGUA